AUGUCCCUCCCAUCGCCAAUCCCAGUGCGCCGUCUCCCACCCUCACCUUCAACUCACCGUGUCCUCAUCGACCCAGACGACAUUGACGAAUUGGCCGGCGGCGACGAGGACACAAUACCCUGCUCCCCUGGGGCAGUUCUCCGCCACACCACACAACCUACACAAGUCCCCGACCAAGGCAACCGCCGACGGUCAUCGUCCCCCACCCCUAGCAUCAUCGAAGUCCCUGCCUCUUCACCAUUUCAACCUUCCGCUCAACGACAGCGACGGGGGCCCCCGAAUAGCAAGGAUAACAAGAAGAGCAGUAACAGAGCGUCUCUGGGAACCCGCCUCGCGCCAGCAGGAACAGUCUUUCGUCCCCCGGGAAUGAUGUCUACCGUUCCCAAACGUCCUGCCCCGACGGAGGAUCCCUCUGUCGAGGUCAUAUCCGACGACGACGACGACGACGACGAAGGACUGAGCUCCUUCUCUAGGGGAAAGAUCGAGCCUACAAAGUUCCAGACGCGCAUCUCGGAAUUCAUGUUCAACCCCAACGCCUCCGCCGACAAGGAGAAGAAGACACGCCAGAAGCUGCAGCAGAUCUUCCACGUCUUCGGGUCCAGAUACCCUUCCGAUAUGGUCAGGAGGGCCUUGCGGGAGACGGACGACGACGUUGAGCUGGCCAUGGACUGGUUGGAGCGUGGCGGCAACCGCAAGAAGAAGGCUGCCGCCCCGGCCUCGACCGCCACCGGCAACAGCAACAACGGCGGCGGCCGUCGACUCAUCAGCAGGGCUAGCCUUCAGGCCAAGGAUACCACACCGGCGCCUUCGCCCAGCCCGCCUCCCAAGGCGCAGCCCAAGAAGCGCCGUCUCGUCCAGGGACUCAGGAGGCAGGCUGGCACGCCUUCGCCCCGGAAGCCGUCGCCGUCACCCGCGCCGCCGCCCCCCUCGAGCGCCGACCCGCUGGUCAUCGACCUGGUGGAGAACGACAAGGAUGAUGCGUACGAGGCGGAGGCGUCGCCGGAGCCGGACGGGCAGGGCGGCUCCAAGGUUCUCGACUGCCUCAACACGUCGACGGUGAGCGAGCUGGCGGCCAUGACGAGCAUGAAGGAGACGCAGCUGGAGCCGAUAGUGCAGGCCAGGCCGUUUGCCGACCUCGACGAGGCGCGCGAGGUCAGCGCCGCCAAGAAGCCGGGGGCGCGCAAGACGCCGCGCACCAGCAUCGGCGAGGCCGUCGUCGACGCCAUAGAGGUCUUCCUCGAGGCCGUCGAGGCCAUCGACCACAUCGUGUCGGAGUGCGAAAAGAAGGCCCGCACCGUGGGUGCCGUCAUGGACAGCUGGGAGGUCAACAGCUUCGGCUACGACAGGAGAGGUGCCGUCGACGGAAAGAAGGGCGGUAACGGCGGCGGCAAGGGUGGCAGCCGCAACGACACGCCCGACCUGCCGCCCACGCCGACCAGCCUGUCCAGCAUGGCCCGGCUGUGCAAGCCGCCGAUCCCGAAGCAGCCGGCCCUCAUGGACGGGCACUGCACCAUGAAGCCCUUCCAGGUAUUCGGGCUCAACUGGAUGUCCCUCCUGCACAGCUACGACAUCGGGUGCAUCCUCGCCGAUGAGAUGGGUCUGGGCAAGACGUGCCAGGUCAUCUCCCUCAUGAGCCACCUCGUCGAGAGUCAUGACCGGAAGAGGAAGAGCGGUGGCGGUGAUGGCGACGGCGACGGCGACGGCGACAGACCCUGGCCGAACCUGAUCGUCGUCCCUCCCAGCACGUACAACAACUGGCUCGCCGAGUUUGAAAAGUUCGCCCCGGACCUGUCGGUCGUCGGAUACCGAGGCUCGCAGGCGGAGAGGAUGGAGAUUGCGUACGAGGUGGCCGAGGCUCCGGAGAGGUGCCACGUCGUGCUGGGCACGUACUCGCAGAUCAACUCGGAGGCGGACAUCGAGUCGCUCAACUCGAUGGGACUGCACGCUGCCGUGUUUGACGAAGGCCACAAGAUGAAGAACCCCGAGACCAAGAUUUACAAGGACCUGCGAAGGAUACGGACGGACUGGAAGAUGCUCCUGACUGGUAGGUCAUCCCCUCUCCCCUCAUCCAUCUCUCCUUCUCUCCUCUUCCCUCUAGAGAUUCUCUCCUUCCCUCCUCCGUCCCUCCCUUCUUCGAUGGAGGGGGGGGGUGUAGCAGAUACUGACGGCACCCGGCAAACAGGCACCCCGGUUCAGAACAACCUGUUGGAGAUGAUCUCCCUGCUCAGCUUCAUCAACCCCGCCAUGUUCGACGGCUACAUGGAACCGAUCAGGUACAUGUUCAGCACCAAGGUGACGAUCCGCGACGUCUCCAACGGGGCAUUCCUGUACACGGAGCGGGUGAAGCGGGCGCGCACGAUCCUGGAGCCCUUCAUCCUGCAGCGGCGCAAGGAUCAGGUGCUGUCCGAGAUGCCCAAGAAGAUACACACGCAGGUGCUGUGCGACAUGACGGCGCGCCAGAAGGCCGUGUACGGCGAGUACGAGCGCAUGUUCAGGAUGGAUCCGUCGGAGCGCGCGGCUGCUGCGGCUGCCGCUGGGGAGAAGAAAUCGAGGUCGGCGUCACGGCAGAACGACCAGAACAACGUGUGGAUGCAGCUGCGCAAGGCGGCGAUCCACCCGAUCCUGUUCCGGCGACACUUUACGGAUGCGCGGUGCGAGGAGAUGGCGCGGAUGCUGAUGGAGCGGAUCCCGCAGUCGGAGCUCCACCAGCCCAACCUGGGCCACCUGGUUCAGGAGCUCCGGAACUCGUCCGACUUCGACCUGCACCUCUGGUGCCGCGACUACGGUCCGCUCCUGGGCCGGUUCGACUACGAGCCGGGCACGGAGAUGGACAGCGGCAAGGUGCGCAAGCUGGUGGAGCUGGUGACGGCGUACCGCUCGCGGGGGGACCGGGUGCUCGUCUUCAGCAGGUUCUCGCGCGUCAUCGAGCUGCUGCGCGAGGUCAUGGCCCUGCACGGCGUCGACCACCGCGUCCUGGUGGGCAACACGAACGUGGCGGAGCGGCAGGAGAUGAUUGACGACUUCAACGCGGACGCGUCCAUACCGGUAUUCCUGCUGACCACGGGGGCCGGCGGCACGGGUAUCAACCUGACGUCGGCGAACAAGGUGGUCAUCUUUGACCAGUCGGACAACCCGCAGGACGACAUCCAGGCCGAGAACAGGGCUCACCGUCUGGGGCAGAAGAGGGACGUCGAGGUCAUCAGGCUGCUGUCGAGGGGUACGGUAGAGGAGCUUAUCGAUAAGGCCUGUCAGAAGAAGAUUGAGCUGGCUGAUAGGGUGACUGGUGGUGGUGGUGGUGGUGGUGAUGAAGGUGAUGAUGUGAAUAUUGAGAAUGAGGUGAGGAGUAUGAUGAAGGAUAUGACACCUCCUUAG